GGGGCAGUGACUUCCUCACAAGGAGGGUUUAAACUUGAAGGUGGUGGAAUUGUAGCACCGGACGUCGCUUAUACAUCAAGAGAUACUUGUCAUGGACUAGAUGAUAGUCAACUUGACUCCUUUCAAGGUGAAGCCUACAGUCCUACCGUUGUUGUGGAGGUCAACGACUUUGCAAAUAUUUAUGGUGCUGUCUAUAAUAGAUCGAAGUUCCAGAAAGCAGAUCUCAAGUUCAAGGACGUUUACUUUGCAUCGGAAACGUCUGUUCAGCUUGGUUGGCUGAUCGACCCUAAGUAUAAACAUAUUUGGAUUUACAGGCGGGGUGCUCGUCGUGUUAAAAAGCGUACCUGGAGCGAUCUGGAUGGAGGGGAGUAUUUGCCAGGUUUUACUCUUGAGGUAAACAAGCUUGAAUGGCAG